GAGUAUCUUACCCUUUCUCCUCCUUCUUGUUUAAAACUUUUUCUUUCUUUUUUUUUUUAAAAAAAUAAAAUAAAAACCCUUAUUAUUACACAAUGAUGACGGAUAUGCAGCAUCGACGUGUGGCGUUAAUUAAACGACCCCCACUUGUACGUUCUUCAUCGCCAGCGACAUGUUAUCAAAGUCAGAGUCGAAAGCCAAAGAAAUCUGUGCGUUUUUGUGAUUCAUUGGAGAGUGUACGACUCUUUUUAAAAACAGAUGAGCCCCAAGCCUGUCAAUCGGACCCUUCAUCGCCGGUUGUCUAUACAUACGGAUUACGCCUGCCGAAUUGGCCUUCUUCAGUUGAUGUAAAUACCCCCGCUGUACGCAUGGAAGGGGUGUCAUUGGUAGACAAACAUACAUUAAACGGUACAUGCACCGUAGCCAAUCUUGCGUUUGAAAAGCAUGUCAGUCUACACUAUAGCUUGGAUGAUUGGGUGACAGUACAACAAGUCAAUGCCGUUUAUAAGGAGCCGAUAGCACAUAGUGCACAUACAUGGGAUCGAUUUAGUUUCAAGAUUGUUUUGGAUGCAUGUCAUGAGACGACCACCAUGUAUUUGGCUGUAAAAUAUGCGGUGGCCGGUCGUAUAUUUUGGGAUAAUAACCAUGGCAACAAUUAUACGGCUAAAAUCAUACCCAAGGCGCAAUUGAACGACGAAGAUUCUUGUUGUUCCUCUUCAGACUCAGAUGAAGAAGAAGAAGAAGAGGAAGAACAGAUGAAGCAUGCAAUUUCAUUACCUUCUAUUGUAAAGCCUCUCCUUUCUCCACCUUUAUCUCCUACAACGCCAGUAGAUAUGAACCCCUUAUGGUCUAUCCGUCAUCCACAUCAACAUCAUCAACAUUCAGUCAAACCCAUCCAUUACAUUCAUUCAUUGUAGCAUAUUCCAUUUGUGUACAUUUUGUUAUUUUUACAAAAUAAAAAAAAUUAUAUAUUAUCCCACACAACAAUGACGUUUAAAAUAACAAUUAAAAAUGUCUGGUGAGAAUUUUUCUUCUUAAUAAAAAAAAAAAAAAAAAAUGUUUAUCUGUUGUAUCACUUUCCCACCCCAAAAAAAAAAAAGAAAAAGAAAUCUAAUCUUCUAAGGAGGGAGCAGGAUUGAUAUUAGGUCUGGCACCUUUAGGUA